CUUCUUCUGCAUUAUUGUUAUGAUUGGAGACGGUUGCAACAUGAGCCCGCGCCAGCCUCUGUUGAGAGCCGCCUGGUCUGGGAGGUGUGCGUGUCAGCGUGCAACAUAAAACGACAAAACAGAAAGGACAGAGAAGAGUGAGAGUGGAGCACGCAUCGUUGGAUAUUAUAGGUAUUGUAGCUCUCAUGGUGUAGCAUCUUCAACAUCAGCAACCUAUUCAAGAAACUCAGUAUGUUUUGUGUUGUAAAAUGGACUCUUUAAAGAAGACAUCAUGAAAACAAGGACACACAAAGAAGCGGCGCCCAUGCGCAGUGGGCGAAGGCGAGGGGCGAGUGAGGAGAGAAGGGGGAGGCGACCUCACACAAGCCCCUCCCGAAAUGAACGAAGCGACAGACAAACGCAAAGAGGUGCUGCCGAGGAACUGGCUGGAAAUCGCUUCAGUCGCAGAUCACAAGGCCAUGAUUCAUCAGAGAGUGAGGGGGAGGAACUUGUCUCUCCUCCAAAAAGACAGAAAGUUCAGGAGACGGCCUCUACCCCAAAUCCUCCACCAUCCACACACACGACUGACAGCUCGACUCCUUCCAACGCCCCGCCUCCGACAUCAGCUGCCAGCCAAUCCCGUGAGAGUGACAACGAAGACGGCCAAUCGCAAGGAAGCAGGAGUUCUGUUGUCGGGAGCCUGGCCAAUAGCAGCAGCAGUUUGAGCAGCGGGCGGGACAUAGACCAAGACAAUCGUUCCUCAUCUCCCAGUCUGUCUGCCUCUCCUCUGGGAAGUUUAGACUCAGAUUCAGAUGGUCCUGAUUCACCAAAGCAAAAAGACACAGAUAAAAACAAAGACGGCGGCGCUUCUAAGGUGGCCGGAGAGGAGCGCAGAGCAAUGAGAGAUUUAAGAGCAGAUGAGGGAGGAAGGGUGGAGGAAAAACAUGAAGCGGACACAACAGGGGAGGACUUUCCAUCGUUGAAGCCCCCGACUACCCCAUGCUCCUCUUCUGGUCCUUCUCCUUCUCUGCGAGGAGCUGGGGACUCGUCAAACGAUAGCAAUAGUGGGAGGAAAUCAUAUUUUUCCAUGGACUCCAAGUUGGUGUGUAAAGUUGAAUACGGCAGCGCUGCAGCUGGCGAUGCAAGCAGCAGAGUAAACCCCAAAGUUAGCCCGCAAAGUGUUUCCAAGGCGACGAUAUCUGGCGGGGACUGUCCAAAUCUUCCUCACUCGUUGCCCCCGCCUCUUCCCCCUCCGCCCGCUCUGAAGCCGCUGGAAGUGAGCGUGCAAAGUUUGCCAACGGACGCAAAAACUGAAAGAGAGAAAUCAGAAAAAGACAAAAUUUUAGAGAAGGCGCAAUCUACGCCCCCGUCGCUUCUUCCUCAAAGCAGUCCGCAACCCCAGACGCAAACAUCACACCCGCACCACUACAGCGCCCCCACCUGGCACGGGCCCUCGCCGACCAGCUGCCACGGGAGCUGGGGGUACAGCCGAUACCCCAACAACCAUCACCAACACCAGCCUCCCGUGCAGCAGCAGCAGCUUCCGUCCGUUUACAAUCCAUCUUCUCGCCAUGUUUCGUCUCACCCCUCCUACCUCCCCCAUCACCAUCGCGAGUAUAUGCCCAGAUAUACGGGGACAGAGCGGGAUAGGGCGCUGGCGGUGGGCGAAAGGGAGCGGGCGACGAGAGGGGAGGCGAUCGGAAACAAUAGCACAAGUAACAGCGGGGGUCGAGAUUUUGGGGGGUUGCCAGUUGGUCAAAAUCGUGAAUUUCAAAGCUCAGCGAGAGAAGGAGCAGCGAACAUUGGAGACAGGAGAGACUUUGGUCCAGCUUUUCGAGAACGGGAACGAGAAAGAGAUCGAGAAGGUCCGCGUGAGGGUCCACCACCAAACCAAAACCAGCCAAGAGAGUACGGACCCAACGGCGCGAGUGUAAGCCAUCCCCGAGACAAGGACGGAGGGAGAUGGAGCGAGUUCGGUGGUCAGGCGAAAGAUCAAAAUAACACCACUAACUCCUCCAAUGGGCUGCCCGUCAACGCCAUCUUAAACCGAGAUCCACCUGCGUCGCCCCAAAGCAACAGCAACCACUCUUCAGUACCCGCCCACCCUCCAGGAUCUACCAAUCGUGAAUUUCCUCCGUCGAUGGACUCAGCGCAUACGCCUUCUUCAGGUGCCGAACAUUUUCAUCGAGAUAGGGAUAGGGAGUUUUCUGGGGCGCCUCCUAGUGGUACAAAUCGGGAGUACUUAAGCCCCUCCGGUGGUCCAAAUAUUGGGAGGGAGUAUCCAAGUGGAGCGCAACAUCAGUCUCACACUCACUACCAAGGAGCCAGGGAUAGAGAGAGGGACUCGGGGUCAACUUUGUACCAAAAUCGUGGUGGGUCCAACCAGCCUCCAGCUCUGUCCCCCUCUUCCUCUGCACAUUUUCCACCAAAUUCUUCCUAUCCGCCGUCACAAAGCUCUCACAACCAAGCAGCGCCCUCUAGCUCACGACCCGCUCAUUACCAGUCGUCUGCGCAGACCCCUCCCACACCUUUGUCACCUUUACCAAGCCCGUCCACCAACCAGUUUUCCUCUUAUCCUUCCGGUUCCAAUUCUGGAUCGCUUCCGGCUUCGAGUUGCUCACCUGGAUGCCGACCCGCCCCCUUUCACGGCACCCUAAACAGCCACCCUCCUCCUCCUUUUACCGGGAGCUAUCACUCAAAUGGAAGCAGUAAUGUGGGUGCGAGCAACAGCAACACCAACGCCGCCAACAACACUAGCAACGCGCAAUCUCUUUCGCCUCAAAUAGUUUCCAAAGGGCCUCCACCUCUUAGUAAUUCUGCCAAUAAUAAUUCAGCUGCUGGCCCAAAUUCGACAGUGGCUGCUGGGGAUGGUCAUGCAGAUUCAGGGCCCUCGGUUGCACCUGUGAUCAAAGAAGAGCCAAUGGAGGAAAGAGAAGAGGGAGACAGCCCGCCCCCAGUGCUGAGGAGUCCGUCUCCAGAGCCCAAACCUGUGGAUAUUCCCAUCCACGCCAGCCAGUCGGCAAGGUUUCAUAAGGUUUUGGAUCGAGGCAGUGGAAACUCAUGCGCUCGCAGUGACGUUCUGUUUGUGCCUCUGGACGGCUCCAAACUGUGGAAGAAAAGAAAUGAGAUGAUCGAGAGAGCGAGGAGAGAGGUCGAGCAAAGAGCAAGAGACCUGAGAGAGAAAGAGAGAGAGCGAGAGAGGGAGAGAGAGAGAGAACUGGACCGACAUCUCCAGCAGAAGGAAGUGAGCUCAGCCGGACCCGGUCGUGGGGGCUCCUCUCUCUUCUUCCCCUCGUCUUCCUCCAUCAUCCUGGACCCCUCCUCUUCCUCCGCCUCCUCAGUCAACCCUCACCCUCCUCCUCACCCGCAGCACCACCCCUCGCACCCACACGCUCACCUGCCCCCCACACACCCGCUCCACCCCUCUCUCUCCCACUCCAUCCCCCACUCUCUCCUGCUGCCCUCUAUGGGUGGGGCCCCUGCGGUAGUCGGCCCACAGGGGAGCCUCGGUAUAGGGAUAGGAGGACCGUACUUGGGCCCCGACACCCCCGCUCUGAGGACUCUGAGUGAAUACGCUCGCCCGCACGCCAUGUCUCCCUUGGGCGCUGCGAGUCGGGCGGCGGCGGCGGCUCACCACGCGCAGGUGCACCACGGACACCCCCAUGUGCACCCUUCAUUCUUCCUGCCCCAGUUUCAGAACCACGCCUUAGCCCACCCGCACCACCUCCCCACGGACGCCGCCACCGCUGCUGCCAUUCUGGGCUUCUUAUACGGAGGUAGCCUGGAAGGGGGUCCCGCCGUCGGGCACCCGGGAAUGCCUGGAGGUCACGUACCCGGAGGACUGGGUGGCGCAGGUUUAGGCGGGGUUGGUUUCCCUCACGCGGUGCCCACGCAUCGAGACCGACUAAAACCAGGAUUUGAAUUUAAGAGUGACGAUCGCGUGUAUCCUCCUGGUUCGAUCCCGGACCCCGCUGCUCUGGCGCUCGCCCACUCCCACUCCCACGCCCACGCCCACGCCAGUGCCCACACCCACUCCCUGCUACUCGGAGCUGGAGGCGCCCCGGAAGUCUCCAUCUACGGCACGCCCCCUCCACCUGGCCCUCCAGCCCCGCCCCACCUCCAAAAUCCACCUCUCACUCCGGUAACACGACCCCCGACCGCGCCAGCCCCCCAACCGCUUUCCAACCCCGCUCCCUCGUCCCUCCUGCCCCCGUCUUUGCCCUCUCACCCCACAUCUGCCCCGCCCGCCCCUCCCGCCCCAACCGUCCCCACGGCUCCACCUGCGCCCGCCCCUCCGACUGCCCCGCCCACCUCCACAGCCUCCUCCCUGCAUCAAAGCACCUCGCAUUCCUCGUUCCCCGGGUCGCUCCCCUCGCACCUGCCGCCCGCCCCUGCCCCCGCACCUGCUCCCGAAAACUACCCCACCCCCAACCGCUCACCUGCACCCUACGAGAGGGAGAGGAGCGGGGAGAGAGAAAGAGAGAGAGACAGAGCGCCGGCUUUCACUGAGCGAGAGAGAGAGCGGGAGAGGGAGAGAGAUAGGGAGAGGGAGAGAGGGGGCAGCGCUGGGACAGCAGGGGGCGCCGGAGGAACAGGAGGAGGAGGGGAAAACCUGGGACGGCUCCAGAUGUUGAAUGUGACUCCUCAUCAUCACCAGCAUUCACACAUCCACUCACAUCUGCACCUGCACCAGCAAGACACAGCGGCGGGCGGGGUUCACCCCCUGAUGGACCCGUUGGCGUCGGGCUCUCCUUUGGCGCGCCUGCCGUACCCCGGAGCGGCUCUUGGCACCCCGAUCCUGGCACACCCCCUCACUGACAGCGAGGUGCUCCGCCAACAGCUGUUUGGUGAGGAGAAGGCUCCUCGUCCAUGCGCUCCGUUCCGUGAGCUGCCCCAGUCGUCCUCCCUCGCAGGGCCCAUGUCCGCGGCUCACCAGCUGCAGGCCAUGCAGCAGGCCCAGAGCGCAGAGCUGCAGAUCCAGAGACUGGCCUUGGAACAGCAGUGGAUCCACCAUCACCACCACUCCCUCACCCAGGACGAGUACUACAGUCACCUGAAAAAGGAGAGUGACAAGACCCUGUGAGGGAGGGUGAACCCAAGAGCCGGGAGAGGAAUGUUUCUGAAAAUGAACAAAACGAAAAGCACUAAACUGGACUGAGACCAAACAGACUUUAAGAACUGAAGCACUGAGAGGGUUUUGAAGGAUCGACUAAAUGGACAAAGUUUAAAAGAUGUUGCACAGUCGCUGUUCAUAUUAAAGGUUUGGACUCUUGAGCUUCCCUGUGUUUUGUAAUGAGCCCUGUACAGUUCAAUGGGAGGCGGCGGAUUUGUACAUAUGUAACUAUUUGAUGCCAGAAGGAAUGUGUACUUUUAUGUUUUUGCAUGUAGCGGCAAAAAUACACUAUCUACAUGAGUUAAAAUAGAUAAAAUUCAGAAAAUGAUUUUUAAUUU